CUUCCGGUCCUCAGAAGCUAUACGUUGCUAACAUACAUUGAUGCAGAUGUUAUACCGAAUGUAAUGUGUUUAAGAGACUUUUAAAACACAUACAAAGAGUUAGGUUAUCCCUGGAGGGUGAUUUAUCGUGCUUUCAUCCGUUAAACCGUGUUUUUGUUGCCUCCCGUUCUUUGUUCGUAGCUUUUUAUAGGACGUUGCUGAUCGGUAAACAUAAGUAAAGGCCUUAAAGGGAGAUUAGUGUGUUUAACGGCAGUGUUUUAUCAAGGAGAAGAAAGACUGAAGAACCAGGACGAAGAGGAGAGAGAGAGACACAGCCGGAGAAGGAGCACUGAGAGCAGCAUGGAGGAGAACAAAAAGACCCCUGGAGCUCAGAGACACAGCCGGAGAAGGAGCACUGAGAGCAGCAUGGAGGAGAACAAAAAGACCCCUGGAGCUCAGAGACACAGCCGGAGAAGGAGCACUGAGAGCAGCAUGGAGGAGAAGAAAAAGACCCGUGGAGCUCAGAAACCGAAAGGAAGAGAGAGACGUCACAGCUGUCAGCAAUGUGACAAAUCCUUUACAACAUCUGGACAUUUAAAGAGCCACCUGCUUAUUCAUACUGGAGAAAAACCAUACAGCUGUGAAGACUGUGGGACAUCAUUCACUAUUUCAGGUAAUCUCAAAAAACAUCAACGUAUUCACACUGGAGAGAAACCGUACAACUGUGUAGACUGUGGGAACACUUUCACUCAAUCAGGUGCGCUCAAAAGACAUAAACGUAUUCACACUGGAGAGAAACCGUACAGCUGUGUAGACUGUGGGAAAACUUUCGCUCAAUCAGGUGCUCUCAAAUCACAUCACCUUAUUCACACUGGAGAAAAACCAUACAGCUGUGAAGAGUGUGGGAAAACAUUCACUGCAUCAAGUCAUCUCAAAACACAUCAGCGUGUUCACACAGGAGAGAAACCGUACAGCUGUGAAGAGUGUGGGAAAACAUUCACGACAUCAGGUAAUUUUCAGACGCAUCAACGAAUUCAUACUGGAGAAAAACCGUAUUGGUGUGAAGACUGUGGGAAAACGUUCACUUCAUCAAGUCAUCUCAAAACACAUCAGCGUGUUCACACUGGAGAGAAACCGUACAGCUGUGAAGAGUGUGGGAAAACAUUCACGACAUCAAGUAAUUUUCAGACGCAUCAACGAAUUCAUACUGGAGAAAAACCGUAUUGGUGUGAAGACUGUGGGAAAACGUUCACUUCAUCAAGUGGUCUCAAAACACAUCAGCGUAUUCACACUGGAUAAAAAACGUACAGCUGAGAAGAGUGUGGGAAAAACGUUCAGGACAUCAAGUGAACUCACAAUCCAUCACAGUGUUCACACAGGAGAGAAACCAUAGUGGUUUGAAGAGUGUGGGAAAACGGUUUCUCAAAGUAUUCACCUGAACCUGAUCUACACCGCCCCCCCCCGGUACCGGGGGGAAAACGCGUCAUCUGCAGGAAACAGCGUCUGAGGGCAUCUUAAUAAUCAAUAGAUUAUGAAUGUUUUAUAUCCAUGUAACGGGAAGAAACUCAGCUAACAGAUUUUUUUUUUUUUUUUCUCUUUUAGAAGUGUAGUUAUUGUCAUUUGUUCUGGAAAUGUCAUUUUCCAGUCUGAGACCUGAGACACAGGCUCAGGGCUUAACAGGUUACAGUUCAUGAGCCAUUCUGCAUAGUUUUGAACAACUAUGAGAGCCAAGCUAGCUGUUUCCUCCUCCUGGUGUCCUGAGAGCUGUAGUUAUAUUUUAAGAGUCUUUCUGAAUUGAAGUCUGAUUAACAGACUUAAAUUCAAUGAGUCAGUCUCGUUUUAUGUGCCAGGACAAGCCCUGAGGUCCUCUUCAGCUUUUUAAAUAUCCCUAAAUUCCCCAAAAUAUAAUGGGUGAGGCUUUUCUCCACUACGCUCCCAAACUGUGGAACAACAGGAAAUAUCAGAGAGGCUCAGUGUACAUUUUUAAACGCCAGAUAAAGACACAUCUCUUUAGAUUAGCUUUUUAUUAGCAACCCCCCACUUGAAAUGGAUCUUUUAGUCUUUAUUAUUUACCUACUUUUAUAUUGUUUCAUUUCUGAUAUAGGAAGGGUUUUAUCUCAUAUUAGUUAGUUAACAGUUUCAAUAGCAACAUUUAUUUUUAUGUUGGUUUCUUUAUAUUUUAAUCCUUUAACCUUUAUUAGAAUUAUGACGUUUUUAUUACUAUACAUGUAGUUUCUAUUUCUGUUGUACCGAUAUGUUCACUUUAUUUUAUAGGGUUUUAUAUUGUUGAAUCUUUUCACUUGUGUCUUAUCUUUUUUUUUUUACUGUAUUUCAUUUGUUAUUAUCAUAUCUUUUACUUCCUUGUGUAUCUUAACCUGUUACAAUGUUAUAUUUUGCUGCAUUUGUCUGUAAAAGUCUUAACAUCUGAAGGGACUUUCUUGUUGUUUAUUUUUAACUUGUGAUGUGUCGCCAUUUUGUAAAGCACUUUGAGCUGCACGUGCUGUAUGAAAAGUACUGUAUAAAUAAAGCUUUAUUAUUACAA